AUGUUUGUGAACCAUAUUGAUGAAUGCCGAGGGCAGCUUUCUCCAGAACACGGUGAAGUGAUCAAGGCCACGCUUCCUCUUGUGGGUGCUAACAUUGAGAACAUCACAAAAUUGUUCUACAAGACUAUGUUCGAGAAACAUCCAGAGCUCAUUAGGAAUGUGUUCAACCGUGGUAACCAAAAACAAGGUGCACAGCAGAAAGCACUCGCUGCUUCAGUGGCUACGUUCGCCUCGAUGCUGGUGAACAAAGAUGCGCCGCUUCCUGACCACCUACUGUCUCGCAUUGGCCACAAGCACGUGUCAUUGGGUGUGACAGAGGAUCAGUACCAAAUUGUUCACGACAAUCUUUUCUAUGCAAUUGUUCAGGUACUUGGUGCUGAUGUAGUGACGAAGGAUGUGGCAGAGGCAUGGGACUCUGUAUACUGGAUUAUGGCGCGUCUAUUGAUCAACUUCGAGAAGGACCUCUAUAAGGGUGCUAAAGUGGAACCUGGCAAAGUGUUCCGCCAAACUACCGUGCUGGAGCGUGAGGCCCUUACUAGUGAUGUGGUCCGCUUCACUAUUGAAAGUAAGGACGGCUCGAAGCCCCUUCCUGCUCACUUACCUGGUCAGUACAUUUCUGUCCGUGCGAAACUCCCUGAUGGUGCUGGCCAGCUGCGCCAGUACAGUCUGGUCGAUUCGGGGGAGAAGCCUGGUCGUCUAAGCUUUGCUGUGAAGGCGCUGGAAGCGUCCGAGUCAGCACCUGCUGGCGAAGUUUCCAACUGGCUUGUGGAUAACGCAAAAGUGGGCACCGAUCUGGAGGUGUCAGUGCCGUUCGGUGAUUUGGUGCUCAACACAGAGAGCAAUGCGCCAGUGGUUCUGAUCUCCGCUGGCAUUGGUGCGACCCCGAUGAUUGGCAUGCUUUCCCGUCUGUCGUCAGUUGCCUCAGAACGCCAUGUCGUUAUUGUGCAUGCGGAUACCAAUUCGGGUACUGACGCCUUUGCGACUCAUCGGGAGCACUUGGCAUCAGCUUUGAAGAACUAUGAAUUACACGUUUUCUACAAGGAAGGUGCCUCUGGCAAAAAUGUCACUAUUGGCCACUUGGAUGUAAGCAAAUUCGCUUUCCCGAAUGACGCCGAGUUUUACUUGUGUGGCUCUACCACUUUCCUUCAGGAAGCUCGCGAAGGUCUGAAGGCCAACAAUGUGAAGCCGAGCUCGGUCCACUUCGAGCUGUUUAUGCCUAACGACUGGCUUCUUGACGAAUAA